AGCGCCAGUCCGUUGCCAUUUGAGAUUUUCAGAUAGAGCAGCAGUUAUGCUCUUGAGAUCUUUAAGACAGAGCAGCAGCUAUGCUCUUGAGACUUUUAAGAUGGGCAGCAGUUAUGCCCUUGAGAAUCGUGGUGAAGAGCCACCACGAUAAGUUUAAGAUGUUAGGGGGACGAAUCGUUACGACUUCCCUAACUAAAUUUAAGUUUAAGGAAAGCCUGGAUGGCUUCUCAUACGUAUGAGUUGGCAACCGGACUAGCUAGUGAGGGAUCCCAGUGUCAGUCAAGUAUUUAAGUUGAGUUUUAAGCUUUAAGAGUGGAGAGUAAGAGUUACUCCCAUACAGUUUUAAGAGUUAAGCUUUUUAGUAGUGGAAGUACAAAACAACUCCCACUCAGUUAAGUAAAGUGAGCAAGUAUCAUUAAGUAUUUAAACGUAAGGGCGUAGACUGACCCCAUCUCACUCACCAGUUUGAGGAGCUAGAGGAGCAGUUAGUGAGCAGCGGGUUCGAGGGCAGCCAGCUAGAGGAGAGCAGUAUAAGCAUCACGGAGGAUGCUUAGUCAAGGUUUUCAGUAGCAACAGCUUCAGAGUUUAUCAGUUCUUUACAUUUAUGAUUAUGAGUAUAGACUGGAGAUCAGAUCGAGAUUUUAAAGUUUGAGUUUCAAAUUGCCCACGUGUUAGGGCUUUGCUCUGAGCUACAAGUGUGUGUUUUCAGUAUUUUAUUUAUGAAAAAUUUUCCCCGCUGAAAUUUAAGAUUUGAGUUUAUCAAGGGCAUUUUAGUAAAAGUAGUACCCGGCCGGGUUAGGGUGUUUCAACAACCUUUAGGUUAAGGGUGUAUCCGUGGUCGUGACCUAUGAAACUCUUUAACUUCUAGAUUCUAUGCUAUGCAACGUGCUCAUAUGAAUUAUAAAUCAAUCUACGAUCGAUUGUAGAUGAUGAGUACAUGACACGAAAUAUCAUCACAAAACACCAAGCAAGCAUAAAACAUGGCAAAGUAGGGAUAAAACACGACAAAGUGAAGUGAUUUCCCUAUAAAAAGCAUUCAUAGCAAAAUAACUCAUGCUAAAGCCAACGAUUGACGAAUAUGAGAGAAUAUUAGUAUAAAUGAGCACUUGCAAUAUGGCCCAGACACGAUAUUUUAGCACGAAAAUGCCUCAAGAAUGGAGGAUAAAUAACACCAAUUUAGGUGUUAUCAUGGAGGCCCUGAUCUUUUCUAGCACUUAUAUUGAAUGGAUUCGAGCAUGUCUUAGUUUUUCAUAUUUUAGCAUUAACGUCCACUUUUCAUUGUUUGGUUAUUGCCCAGUCAAGAAGACUGUGAGGCAAGGGGACCCAUUGUGCCCAUACUUGUUCAUUGUGGCUCCCAAUGCUAGAUAUGGCUCCACAGUUGGCGCAUAUUUCCUAUCACUCUCAAUGUAAGACAAUGGAUCUUACACACCUCUGUUUUGCGAAGAUUCUGUUGACAUUUACUGAGGGUUCAGCUACUUUCCUCAGUAAUGUGAAAAGGAAUCUGGAACAAUUUUACCUUAUAUAUGGUUUGCGUUGCAAUCCAAAUAAGUGUGAAGUUAUAUUUGGAGGGAUUAACUACUGUUAUUAAGCAUAAUGAUUUAUCUGUCACUAGUUUCAAAGAUAGUAUUCUUCUAGUAAGGUACCUUGUGCUCCCCUUAAUAUAUGAUAUGCUCACGAGAAAGGACAGUGAGGUGCUAUUGGGUAUAAUGUCUAGUAGAAUUUGAUCCUCGCAUGUAAAAAGGUUGACUUAAAUAUGUCGAAUUCAGCCGGUCUCCUUUGUGCUUUAUUCCUUGGUGCAGUAUUGGAUGUCAAUUUCCAUUUUGUCUAAGAAGGUAUUGGAUAAGAUUUCAUAACAUUAAUUCAGAAUUUAUAUGGUAUGACGAUAGUCAGGGAAGGCAAAGGUCUCAUGGGAUAAUAGGGGUGGGCAAACGGUUCGGGUACCGAAUUAAACCGAACCGAAACCGAAAUAAUGUUAUUCGGUUCAGAAUUCGGAAGGAAAAUAUAGAUAUUUCGGAAAUCAGGGUUCUUUCAACCGAACCGAAAUUCCGUAUUUCCGACUGAAAAACCGAAAUACUACAAUUGCAACCUCCAAAUGGUGGAUUUUUAUAUUUGUAGUUGUUUUUAUACUUAAAUAUUUGAAAUAUUUUAUGACUUAUGUGUUGAAAAGUUUGAUUUUAUCAUUGAUUAUGUAUAUAAUUGCAUAUUUAUUGUUUAUAUUAGGAGUGAAAAAUAAUUUAAAAGUGAGAAUAUACAAGUAGCCUCACAAAUUCGGUUUUGUGUUAAAAACUGAACCGAACCGAAUUAUAAUUCGGUUUAAACCGACCGAACCGAAUUAUAAUUUUGUUAAGGGAGGCCCGUCUGGCUAUUAUUCAUGUAUGGAGGUAGUGUUUAGUGACAUGGAUUAUUCACUAUAGGCUGAACGGCCAAUUGUGUGGAUUUAACGAGCAACAUUUGUAGGUUCGUUGGAUUUGGAUGCAAUUGCUCAAGUUUCAAAGUUGAUUUCAAUUUCAAAUGGAUGUUGACACUGCGGAAAAUGUACUUGGGAUACAUUUUAUUUGAAGGCUAUAAUUAUUCUAGAUAGUUGUAUGUUGUUUUUGUUAGUCUGCAAGCAUGACAAAAUUGGUUGCGUACACGGGAUGGGGAAUUACAACAAGCCUGUUCUGCAGUAGGAGCAGGGAUGCAUUUGGUCGUAUCUACUGUGAACUUUGGUGUUGAUUAGUGAUUUUCUUAUUGAAAGAAAGAUGUGGUUGUGUUUUGGAGGAAGAAGUUUGAUUGGACAGACUUGUUGCUUUGUUUCAAUAAUGAAGCAGUGUUGUUUGUCAUGGGCAAUAGUGAGUUUAGUGAGGAGUAGGAAAGUUUAUAUGUAUUUUUAGGUUGGUUUGAGGAGUUUUGACAGGUGAUGUAGCCAAUUCUGGACUUUGUCCUAACUAUUUUGAGGUUUGAUGUAUUGAUCAAGUGAGCUUAAUAUAAAUCCUAAUUAUUGAGAAAUGUUUUUUGAUUGAUGUUUCUACCAAAAUAAAAUUGGAUUGAUGUCACAUUUAGCAUGUAAGGAGCAAAUCAAGUGCAUAAACACUUCCCCCUUUAAAUUUUAAUAGACUAUAUCUCAUUGAUUUUAAUAUAUGUUAUAGUAGUAUGAAAAAUAGUCUAUGAUGAUACGAUGUUAGUAUAUGUGGUCCAAAAAUUUCCUUCUCAAAAAAUAUUGAAAAUAAAUAUCAUUCUUUUUAAAAAAGUAAGCCUUCUUAAUGAAUUACUUUCUUAAAUAUAGGUAUCCAAGUCCCGAGCAUUGAAUCUUACAAUCAAAGUUAGAUUUCAUUCAUUAAUGGCUCUCUUGAGAAAUAGUAUCCAAAUCCACAACAUUUAUUGUUACAAUCACAACUAAUUUUUCUUAAUCACUUACUUUCCUUAUAGUGACUCAAUAAUUGCAUUUCAUUGCAUAUCCUAAAAUCGUAAAUUCUCAUUUUUUUCACUCCAUCUUGUAUAGUAUAUAAAUGAUAAACUACUCAAUCAUUUCCAUCCAGCCUCCUCCCCCACCUGCCUUUUUCACAGCUCUAAAUUGUCAAUCCAUGAUGAAACCCAGAAACAAGUCAAUGGGUUUCUUUUAUGCUAUCGUCUGUAUGUUGUUUGCCUUUGCAACAGUUGCUUGCACUGCUCUCAACUCAAUCCCCAUCUCCGGGAUGGAGUAUAAUGCACCUCCAGGGGCCAAUCCGUGCCAUGAACCAGGUCAUCCUUGCCAUCAUCCUCCUUCAACUGAGACGGACCAACAACUUGAGGAUUAUCAGCCUAUUGAUCCAGUACCAAAGCCUCCUCCAGUACCAAGCCCUCCUCCUUUAGCAGAACAUCACUGAAGAUAAUAUGUGUAGUUUAUAUAUGGAGGGAGGAUUAUGCAUGUGAUUUAACUAAGAAUAAUAAUGGUCUUUCACUUUGGUUCUGAUUUGUUUUUCUGAACUUUGUGUUCAAGCCGCUCGUUUCCCUUACUAAUAACUCGUCCUUAACCUGAUUAUCUAUCUUGCUCUUCCUUUUCCGUUUGUAAUUUUAUUAUAUGCUACUGAAUAUAUUGACAAGUGUGGGUGUCUAGCACGCUAAAACACAACACCAAACUGCGACAAAGUGUAAUCGCAGUCCGAAAAUGCAGACUAGUGGCAAGUUCUAUUUGUCAACCCGGGGUCUAGAUCUACUGCCUACUCCGUGAUUAUCUAUUAUCUAGCAAACUAAGUCAAGUGAUUGUGAUUUUAAGUAAAAGCAGUAAGAAAGCAGGAAAUGGUUCAAAGUUCUUUAGCAAGGCAAGAGUCACUCGGGAAUGAGUCCCCCUAGCUCCUUAGUUAGGUCAAGGUUGUAAUUACCCUGGGUUGAUUAACUGUUGAUUAAACUGUGGAAGAUCCGAUAGUAGCUUGGAAUCUCUUAAGCUGACAAAGCCCUCUCCGGCAGACUAACCGGCAGGCGACUAGCCUUCACCGAGAUAGACUGCCGAGGCAAUAAAAGCAGAACUCCACUAAUGGAAUUGGAUUCCAGUACAAAGCAGUAAAUCGAUUAACUCUCGUAUAACAAAUCUACCACUACCGAUAUUGAUGAAGCUCUAACAACCUAAUCAGAUUCUAUCUAUCUCAGGUUGCAGCAGAAAUCAAGAAAAGAUGAUCAGGCUUCAAUUGACUUAAUGAAUCAUGCAUCAAUCGAUUACAAUCAAUCAGUAUAUCAAUCCAAAGUCAUUACAAUCAAGAUUCCUAACACAUGGAACUAGGGUUCUUCAUACCCAAGAGAGUGAAGGUUCUACUCCAUAGAGAGAGAUAUGAAAACAUAAAUCAGAGCAGUCAUACUCAUAAAGAUGGGGAUAAUCUGCUCUUAGAUGUUGAUCUUCACUCCUGGGGAUGCAAUCUGGGCUUUAAUGGCUUGAAAUCCACUCCAAAUAGCUCCUAGGGUUUGUUCUUUGCACUUUCUCUCUCUAAUGCUCUGUUUAUUGCUCAAAAACUCGAUUCCCCUCCAAAAGACCCGAAAUUGGGUUAAAACCUAGAAUUUUCCGACCACACGGCCGUGUGAAAAUCCCUACUGCCCGUGUGGAGGUGAAAGCGCCGCGUUUCACUUAAAUGGUCUCAUGCACGUCACACGGCUAGAACUUCACGGCCGUGUGAAAUCUCGGCCUGCCCGUGUGACAUCUCUGUGAUUUCCACAUGGCCUCAAGGGACCCGGUACACGGCCAGUGUGGUUUGCCCGCGCAAUAGAAUUCCACAUGGCCAUGCCACACGGCUGUGUGGCUGCUAGGUCUGGCCGUGUGUUUUCCUCGGCUUCUCGCCAAACGUCCAACCUUCGUCCAAUCGACCCCGAACUCGUUCCCAAACCUCCAAUCAUGUACUAGGACCUGAAAUAUCACAAACAAGAACAACCUAGCGUGAAAUUGGCCUACGAUAAGAGAAAUGAGGCUCAAACGACAUAAGAAUGGUGGACAAAAACAUGUGUAUAUAUCAAGUCAUCAGUGUCCCCUUCCCAUAUAAGACGAUGAUCAAGCUGAUGCUCAUGUGUCCUAUUUCGUAAACUCCAUGGUGGCAAGUAUCUAACUAAUCGGGUCAUACUGGUUUAAGAUUGGACUGAACAAAUCGGUCUGGGAUUA